AUGUUAUUGGAGAUGGAGCAGCAUUCGGGUCUGAUAUCCCUGAAUAUGUCGCCGUUCCAUUUAAGCCCUCAGGGUAGUCCCCAAGGUGCGGCCAGUGCUGGUCAGCAACAGCAACAAGCGCAACAACAACAACAACCACAAUACGGUUCUUCACCGUAUGGGAAUUGCGCUCAAAGUCCUCCUACAACGAUGUGUCAUCAAUCACAGUCACAACAACAACCGCAACAACAGCAACAGUUGCCGGUACAUAAUCAGGCGCAUUCGCAGGGUAUUUCGAAUUUCGACGCCGCGUUUUUCGACUCCACCGCCCUUGAAGAACGGUGUCCCAUGUGCGGGGACAAAAUGUCUGGUUAUCAGUAUGGUCUGCUUACAUGUGAAUCCUGUAAAGGUUUUUUCAAACGGAAUAAUUCACCGUGUAGCAGUAAAAAAGUAUAUACAUGCCUAUUUUCGCCAACGGGAGGUGGGGGAGGUGGGGGCAGCGGCGGUGGUGGUGGCGGAGGUGGCGGUGGUGGAAAUGGUAACAACGGUAACAACGGUGGAACCGGUAGCUGUGGCGGCGGCGCAUCAUCGGCACUCGAGAUCGGAUCUUGCGGCAACAAGAAGGUGUACACGUGUCUGUUCUCGCCAACAGGAGCCGGAAGCGGCACUGGUGGCAGUGGAGGCAGCAAUGGCGCGGCAAACGGUGCUGGAGGUGGUGGUUGCGGCACAUCGACAGCCCUCGAGAGUAGCGGCAGCAAUUAUACCGGUGGCGGUGGUGCCGGUACCGGUGGUGGAGGAGGAACGGGUGGCGGCGGUGGUGCGGGUGCCGCUGGCGGUAGUGGGCCCACCGCAGGGAAUGCCUCUGCUGGUGGUAGCGGUAGCGGUAGUGGUGCGGCCAGCGGUGCAAGUGGCGGCGGAUCCGCUACGGUAAGCGGAAAUGUCGCGAUACCAACUACCACCUACUCAUUACCAACUGGUACCCUCUGUCAUCCCGGAUUGGGUCAGGUCGGGGUUGGUGUCGUGACCGGCUCGAUACCGUGUCCGUCCGAAUUCCCCGAUACCAAGGACAUCAUCAUAGAAGAACUCUGUCCGGUCUGCGGCGACAAAGUUUCCGGAUACCAUUACGGGCUACUCACUUGUGAAUCCUGCAAAGGUUUCUUCAAACGCACCGUCCAAAACAAAAAGGUCUACACGUGCGUCGCCGAGAGGUCCUGUCACAUUGACAAAACGCAAAGAAAGCGGUGUCCCUACUGCCGUUUUCAGAAGUGCCUCGAAGUCGGCAUGAAGCUUGAGGCCGUACGAGCGGAUCGGAUGAGAGGCGGUAGGAAUAAAUUUGGACCUAUGUACAAGAGAGACCGAGCGCGGAAGCUACAAAUGAUGAGACAACGGCAGCUGGCACUGCAAACGAUACGCGGCAGCCUCGGUGACCCAUCGAACUAUCCCUCCGCCGUAACGCCUUUCCUGCAUAUUAAACAGGAAAUACAAAUACCUCAGGUCUCGAGUCUAACCUCUUCUCCAGAUUCGAGUCCAUCCCCCGCAGCCGUGGCCGCUGGUUUGGUCACGACACAAGCUGGUAGCGGAGCUGGUCAGCAUCAACUGAUCGCACCGUCUUCCCAGCCAAACAUUUCUGCUGGUAAUCACCUGCACAAUCUCAACCCUGGCCUGGAUAGUAAACUCUGGGCUGCCAAUUCCACCACCCCGAGUCCGAAGGCCUUCAACUUCGGCGAACAGUCCACACAAUCUCAUGGAGCCACUGGUUCCGCACCCUCUACCGCCACGUUGAAAACUAGUCCGAUGAUAAGAGACUUUGUGCAAACAGUCGACGAUCGCGAGUGGCAGGCAUCGCUUUUUGGAUUAUUACAAAAUCAAACGUACAAUCAGUGUGAAGUGGACUUGUUCGAAUUAAUGUGCAAAGUGCUCGAUCAAAAUUUGUUCUCUCAGGUGGACUGGGCAAGGAAUUCUGUAUUCUUCAAGGAUCUCAAGGUUGAUGACCAAAUGAAAUUGCUACAGCACUCCUGGUCAGAUAUGUUGGUGCUCGAUCAUCUUCAUCAAAGGUUACACAAUAAUCUACCUGAUGAGACUACGCUUCAUAAUGGUCAAAAGUUUGAUCUCCUUUGUCUCGGCCUACUCGGGGUUCCUUCUUUGGCAGAUCUUUUCAAUGAUUUAUCAUCCAAACUUCAGGAACUCAAAUUCGAUCUUUCGGACUAUAUAUGCAUGAAAUUCUUGAUGCUGCUCAAUCAUGAAGUUCGUGGAUUAGUUAACAAGAAACAUGUACAAGAAGGUCACGAACAAGUUCAACAAGCUCUUUUGGAUUAUACAUUGACGUGUUAUCCUUCUAUACCGGAUAAAUUUAACAAGCUGCUAGCAGUAUUACCAGGAAUCCACGUGGUAGCGAGCAGGGGAGAAGAUCAUCUUUAUCAAAAACAUUGUAGCGGUGGAGCACCAACUCAAACUCUUCUCAUGGAAAUGCUUCAUGCUAAAAGAAAAUGAAACGAUAAAUUCAUUUGGCACUUUUGCCAUGAAUUAGUCUAUUGCUAUAUCUCAAAAAUCAAGAUAGAGCUCCUUAUUGUCAAUGUGGACCUCAAGUACCUAUUAAGAGCUAAUAUACUAAAUGCUUAGGUGUUGGACCAAGUUAAGGAGCUCUGGUUCAAAAAAUACCUAUGCAAACGAAUCAAGUAUAGACGUACAUAAUUUACAUAUAUACAUAAUAUAUGUAUUAUAAAAUGUAUCUAAAUAUAUAAACAUAAUGACAUAUAUUUUCUAUAUUUGAUGUUGAAGUUUUAGAGAUGUAUCCAUGAAGAAUUAUUACCCCUGUUGGUGGGUACAAGCGCAGGGAAACAGUAAGCAAGAUGCCUUGAAAACAGUACAAAGGGUGGUUAACAAAAUAUUGGUUAAAGGGCAGGCAAUUUUUGUCUAAAUAAGUAAAGCUAUUUUUCUAAUACUAGAUGCGAUUAUUUUUAAGCACAUACCACUGAAGCCUUGCUCUCAUUUUAACAAAAAGAUAAUCCUAAUGGUAAUAAACGAAAAAAAUUGUCGACUCUCCAGUCAAUCGUGCUUCUGCAAGGGAUUCAAUGGGCAUACUUGAAUGACAGUAAAAUUUCAUGUGAUAUACUUAUAUAUAACAUAUAUACAUAUAUAUAUGUCGCACGGCCACCUGGGCAUCCUUAGAACUUCCUAUAAAAAAAUCUGCAUUUUGUCACACUUGCACACGGCAGGGCUAUUAUAUUGUAAAUACUAGUUAACACAUUCCAAUUAUGUUGUAAAGUGAAUCAUGUUAAAUAUGUAAUUAUAAUAUUUUUGUGUAUAGUUUAAUGAAAUAAAUAUAUUUCUGUUGCUUAUUGAGAAAAAAAUCAUUAGCUACUUAAUGUCUUCACUAAUUUAGACUUUUAUUCAUGUAUUUCUUUUUAUUAUUUUUCAAAUAGGUGGCGGAAAAAAAUAACCACAGAUUGCGAUAUUUUAUUAUUGUAUAUUGUAUCGUAAUAAAGAUUCUGUUUAAGAAAUAAAAGAAUCAUUGGAGCAAGGUUUAUGUGGUCCUACAUUAUCUAGCGAUUAAUAUUAAGUACAUAAGAUCAAUAUUGUCUUAUCGCAGUUGUUAAAUAGAAAUAUUUACUGAAUGUUAAGAUAGUGAUCGAACGUAGUAAUUUUUCACUAAUAGAUUAUUAUUGUUUAGUCAAUAGUCAGAAACUUUUCAGUGCUGUGAAGGUUGUCUUUUCGACGCCUGUGGUAUCUAAGCCAUCGGUAAUUACACGUGCUAGAUUCGAGGCUCAAGUGUGACAACAGGAACAGAAAUCUUUGCUCGUACUGGUAGGCUGGUAGUACCACCCUUUGCAACUCCUACUGUUUAUAUCCUCUAUCAAAGAAGUACCUGGGAAAAAUGCUAUUUUACUACUUUCACUUUUCCACCGACUUCGAUAUAAGAUAUUAAGUAUAGAUUUAAAUAAUUUGUUGAUGUAUGUAAAAAAAAAAACUCGAUGCCACAUUAGAUUAAGAAUCGAGUGUUGAAUCAAAUCAGGAGGAGUAGCUGCGAGUAUUACUACCGUGAAAGAUAUAUAUAUAUAUAUAAAUAUAUAUAUAUAUAUAUAUAUAAAUAUAUAUAUAUUUUUUCGAAAGCUUGCAUGUACUUAUCGUGUGAGUAAAGAUUUAUGUCCAUGGUAAAAUUUUUGAAAUCUUCGAUAUAAAUACAAAUCAUAUAUUGACAUGUUCCCAAAUUUUCAAAUCGUCUGGUUCUUUUAAUUGAUUGAUCAAUUGAAAAGAUACUUUAUAUUAUUAUUAACUUUUUAAUGGAUUAACUUUAUUUAACUCGCAUAUAAAUGUCUACCUCUUUGUAACUGUAUUAAGUCUUACACCUUUACAUUUUUAGUAAACCACAUACCUCAGAAUAGACACCCAGAUAGCAAAUUAAAUGAAAUAUAUGAAUGUUACCUAUGUAGACUUAAACUCUACAAUUUCUAUAAUAUGCGUAUGGACAUAAUAUAAAGGUUCCAUUCAAGUAUUGUACCCAUUAUAUUUUCAUAUUAACUAUUUUAAUUAUUAUUGUGUUUAUUCCAAAUUAGAUUAUAUUUCUAUAUGAUAUAUGCGAUCGAAAUUUAAUAAUUAUCAAUGAAGUCUUUAAAAUUCCUAUUUAUGUUGUGUUCUUGUUUGGGUAAAGUCAAUUAAUAUUUUAUUUAUUACAUUUUCAUUCAAAUCUUUAUUCAAGACUUCUUGUAGAACGUGUCGGUCUGAUAAUUUUGGAACAACUUACAGAAAUCGUAAACAAAAUAUCUCAAAAAACGAAAAUGAAAAUUGUCUCUUCUAAAUAUAUGUCUCUAAAUGAUGAACUUUGUAUGUAUCCAUCCUAUUUAAUCGUCCGCUCGAUUCUGUUAUAAAGUGUUUAUUAAUAAUUGUAAUUAAGAAAUAUACAUAAUAAUAAUGGUGUUAUAAGAAUUGUGUUAAAUAUGUACAGUUACCAAUUAUAAUUGGCGAACGAUCUAAUUUAAUAUCGAUGUGAUUUUUUGAUCCAACAAAUAAUUGGAAUUAACAUUAAAUGAUGAACUAUUAUGCGUUGUUAACACUGCCAUUAGGAGUUGGCAAUUGUAAAUUAUGUAGAAAAGAAAUGAUUAAUUGUAAAUAUAUCUUUAUUAUUAACUGAUAACUGUUCCUUUUUAGGAUUGACAGCGCUAUUUUUAUAUAUUAUACUAAUUGAACUCCUAUUAAAUGAAAAUAUUUCCCUUAUCGCACUCCUGUUUUUGGUAUUAUUAUAUAAAAAUAUGUGCAAUGACCACAAAAUGUACAAUAGUUUUUGAAAGGAGGGUAAAGGAUGGUACUAUAAAUUAUUAAGCAGACAAUUUUCAAAAAUUUACAAAUAGUAUUUCAAAACAUUCAAUUAUUUCUUUAUACAUACAAGUUAUUAUAAUUUAAAUGCGUUUAUGUACAACACAAAGUUUAUUAUAAUUUGUAACAAUGGUGUCAUUCGUAUACCGAAUAACAUGUAUAUUAAAACAUUUGUUUGCUUUGUACAAAUAUGAUAACAACAUAAGAAAAUGCACAGUGGUUAAUAAAGACAUCAGCUAACUACUGCACACA